AUGAAAUUGCCAAAAAUCCAUACUUUACUUCUCCUCUCGGCAAUUUUUCGAGUAAUUCUAAUUGUUUAUGGAGAAUGGCAAGAUGCCCACAUGGAAGUUAGAUACACAGAUGUAGAUUACCUUGUAUUUUCUGAUGCUGCUGCAUUAGUGGUUUCUGGUGAAUCUCCCUAUAAAAGAACUACCUAUAGAUAUUCACCAUUGCUUGCCUUUUUAUUGACACCCAAUUCUUUUAUUCAUCGUUCCUGGGGCAAGUUCAUCUUCUCUGCUGCAGAUUUACUUGUGGGGUUGUUUAUUCGCUACAUUCUGAAGAAACGUGAGGUGCCUGAGGAUAUGUGUCUGUAUUCUGUAAUGGUAUGGCUACUGAAUCCAUUUACCUUCACCAUUGGAACCCGUGGGAAUUGUGAGCCCAUGGUGUGUGCCAUGAUUUUGUGGAUCAUUAUCUGUCUUAUGAACGGUAAUGUGGUCCAAGCUGCAUUUUGGUAUGGAUUGGUUGUCCAUUUCAGGAUUUAUCCCAUAAUCUAUGCGCUUCCUAUAGUUCUGGUUCUUGAUCCAAACUUCGUCCAAUCUGGUCAGAAGCCACGCCUUGUGAAUUGGAAAUCUAGUCAAGAUAAUGCAUCUCACAGUAGUAAAGAAGCAUCUGACGUACACAGCUUAUGGACUACAGUGAAAACCAUAUUUUCAAGAGGGAGAAUUAUGUUUGCACUGGUCUCGGGAGCUGUUUUCAUCUUAUGUACUGGUCUUUUCUUCUAUUUAUAUGGAUGGGAGUUUUUAAAUGAGGCGUUGCUGUACCAUCUCACUCGUACAGAUCCCAGACACAAUUUUUCCAUCUAUUUCUAUCACAUAUAUCUCCAUUAUGAACACGAAUUUUCAGCAGUGGAGAAGCUCAUCUCUUUUUUGCCUCAAUUGAUAGUGCAGCUGGUUCUUAUUUUUCGCUUUGCUCAAGAUCUUCCAUUCUGCCUUUUCUUGCAGACAGUCGCCUUUGUGGCAUUCAAUAAGGUAAUUACCGCACAAUAUUUUGUGUGGUUCUUCUGCUUGUUGCCUCUGAUACUUCCAUGGAGCAAAAUGAAGCUGAAGUGGGAAGGCUUAAGUUGCAUGCUUCUAUGGAUGGGAGCCCAGACCCAUUGGUUGUUGUGGGCUUAUUUGCUUGAAUUUAAGGGCAAAAAUGUUUUCCUACAGCUUUGGUUGGCAGGCUUAGUGUUCCUGGCUGCCAAUACUUUUCUUCUGAUCAUGUUCAUCCGGCAACACAGAUACUCUCCAGUAUUCAAACAGUUAGCGCGUGCAACUUCCGAGAACAGAGAUAAAUCUGAGUGA